AUGAAUGUAGCACAGGUUCUUCACAUGAAUGGAGGUGUUGGAGAAGCUAGCUAUUCCAACAACUCCUUAGUUCAGCAACAGGUUAUUUCUUUGACAAAGUCCAUUAGAGAAGAAGCCAUAACUAGUCUCUAUUGUAGUACAUCUCCAAGAACCCUAGCAAUUGCAGACUUAGGUUGCUCUUCUGGACCAAACACUUUGUUGGUGGUAUCAGACUUUAUCAAGGUUGUGGAAAAGCUUUGUCUAGAGAUGAAUCAUGAAUCUCCGGAAUAUAGUAUCUUCUUGAAUGAUUUACCCGGUAACGACUUCAACAACGUCUUUAGAUCUCUUGAUAGCUUCAAAAAGGAACUACGCGGCGAAAUAGAAACUGAAAUGGGACCAUGCUAUAUCUCUGGAGUUCCUGGUUCUUUCUAUGGCAGGAUUUUUCCUAAGCAAAGCUUGCAUUUGGUUCAUUCAUCUUAUAGUCUUAUGUGGCUAUCUAAGGUUCCUGAGAAUGUAAACAACAAUAAAGGAAACAUUUACAUGGCUAGUACAAGCCCUUCAAAUGUACUCACUGCUUACUACAACCAAUUUCGAAGAGAUUUUUCGAAAUUUUUAGAGUGUCGUGCAAAGGAAGUAGUGGAGGGAGGUCGCAUGAUUCUAACGUUUUUAGGAAGAAAAAGUGAUAAUAUGUGUAGCAAAGAGUGUUGCUACAUUUGGGAGCUCAUGGCUAUGGCUCUUAACCAUAUGGUUUUGGAGGGAAUCAUAAAAGAAGAGCAACUUGAUACUUUCAACAUCCCUCAGUACACUCCUUCUCCAUCAGAAGUGAAAUUGGAAGUUCUCAAAGAAGGAUCAUUUAGUGUCGAUCGAUUGGAAGUUUCUGAAGUGAAUUGGAAUGCUCUUGAUGAAUGGAAUGCUUUUGCAUGUGAGUCUCAUAAGUCUGAAUAUCUCAAUGAUGGUGCAUACAAUGUUACACAGUGCAUGAGAGCUGUUUCUGAACCUUUGCUAGUUGACCAUUUUGGAGAGUCUAUUAUUGAAGACCUUUUUAAUCGCUAUCAAGAAAUUUUGAUUGAUAGGAUGUCCAAGGAGAAAACUAAGUUUGUUAAUGUCACCAUAUUAUUGACUAGAAAAUCAUAA